CGACCUCCUCCAAAACCUCGUACUCCUACAUAUAAUCGUAAACGAAAAGAUGAUGAUGAAUGGAAUCCUGAAGAAGAAGAAAAAGAAAAUUCUGAUUCUGAUGUUCCUAGAAUAAGUUCUCCUACAAAACGUCAACGACCUCCUCCAAAACCUCGUACUCCAACAUAUAAUCGUAAACGUAAAGAUGAUGAUGAAUGGAAUGUGGUAGAAUAUAAUGAUAAUGAAUCUGAUUCUGAAACAUUGGAUGUUCCUAGAAUAAGUACACCUACAAAGCGUCAACGACCUCCUCCAAAACCUCGUACUCCCUUAAAUGUUACUUCAAAAUCACGUAAAACUAUCAUAUCUACUAGGCCUAAACCAAGAUCUCUUAGACAAACUGUUAAACCUGAUGAAAUCAAUAAUAAUAAAGUAACAAGGUCUCUUAGAAAAACAGAUAAUAAUAAAUCAGUUGAAGUGGAUGUUGAUAAAUCAAUCGAUGUCAAUAAUAAUGAAAUAAUAAAAACAAGGCCUCGAAGGAAACCUGCUAAACCUGUUGUUGAAAUCAAUGUUAAUGAAUCAAUAAAAUCAAGGCCUCGAAGAAAACUUGCUAAAUCUGUUGAAGUAGAUGAUAAUGAAAUAACAAGAACUAGGUCUCUUAGGCAAACUACUAAGCCUGUUGAUGUUAUUGAAAAUGAUGUAGCAAAUGUUGAAGUUGUUGAAAAUGAAAUAGCAAAUGUUUCUGAAUAUGUUGAAGUUUAUGAUAACGAAGAUACAAAUAUUCCUGAACAAACUGUUGAUCAUGUUGAAGCUGAUGCUGACGAAGUUACAAAUAUUCCUGAACAAACUGUUGAUCAUGUUGAAGCUGAUGUUGACGAAGUUACAAGUAUUCCUGAACAAAUUGUCAAGUCUGUUGAAGUUGAAAUCGAUACUCAUAAAACUCCAAGAGUAAGCACUAGAAAACGUUCAUCAAGUCGUAAUAAACAAUCAAAUCCAAUGCCGACUAAAAGACAAACUAGAUCUAAAGGUGGUGUCAAUUUGAGAGAACGUAAGGUUAAAAGUACCAGAGGUAGACCACGAAAUGCACGUUCUAAGAAAGCAGAAAGUUUAACUGAACAGUUGGUGGAUGUAGAGGAGCAGUCUGAACAUGAAUCUCAAUCUAAUAUUUUUUAUCAAUCAGAUCAAUCAGAAAAUAUUUCAUCUCAUAAUGCAGAUUUAUCAGAACAAGAAUCAUUUCAACCUAGUACAGCUAGUGGAAAUACUCUAUUUGAAACUGUUGAUCAUGUUGAAGCUGAUGCUGACGAAGUUACAAAUAUUCCUGAAUAA